ACAGGAGGGGGAAGGAGUGAUAGGAAAUUCCCAUCUGCCUUUUUUUUCUCUUCCUCUUCCCGAGUAUCUUGCGCGGCAGCACCACUGGGGGAGCGGUGCGCAAUUUUUCUCCGUGUGUGAAGCAGCAUUUCUGAGCCGGAACGUACAGAUCAGUGAGGAGAAUAGAGCAGAAGAUAGGAAACACCGCAAUCUGACCACAGAAGGAACCAUUGCGUUUUUUUUCCCUGUCUUUAUUUGAAUGCACUCCUGCAGGAGGAGGGGAAGCAGCCAAACCUGAUGCGCCCUCCUAACUGGAUCUUUGCGCGGCCUUGCAUUAGACGAUUUUUCUAAAUAUAUAUAGAAACGACCAGAAGAGGUUCAGUAGUGCAGCAUCGUUCAUUGGUCCAUUUGAGAAAUUAUUGCUGCGGGCUGAGGGAGCAGCUUCCACCGCCACUUGACUCUUACAUAACCGGGUGGCUCGAGCUGUCCAAGGUGCUGAACCGAGCGGUCCGGACCUGGGGACGGGACAAGCCGUGGGGGUAUACACAACCUUGCAAGGUCACAGGCCUACAUCGGGGAGGAAACGCACGGGAUCGGCUCGACCUAACCGCACCACCUGGGUUUUAUUCACAUUCAUCUUUCUUCAUUGUAUCGUCCUCUGCUUCGAGACGCGUUUUCCUGAGCGGGUCCAUUCAGCGGGAGAGAGAAAAUGUCGGGGCAAACGCUCACGGAUCGCAUCGCCGCUGCGCAGUACCAGCUAACGGGAUCAGACAUGGCCCGAGCUGUCUGCAAAGCCACCACUCAUGAAGUGAUGGCGCCCAAGAAAAAGCACCUGGACUACCUGGUGUCGGCCACCAACACCACCAACGUGAACAUCCCUCAGAUGGCUGACACGCUGUUUGAGCGGGCCACCAAUGCCAGCUGGGUGGUCGUGUUCAAGGCGCUCGUCACCAGCCAUCACAUGUGUGUCCACGGCAAUGAGAGAUUCAUUCAGUACUUGGCUUCCAGGACCUCCCUGUUCAACCUCAGCAACUUUAUCGACAAAACCGGCUCUCACGGCUAUGACAUGUCUACAUUCAUCAGACGGUAUGGACGAUACCUGAAUGAGAAAGCUUUUGCCUACCGCCAGAUGGCUUUUGACUUCACCAGAGUCAAGAAGGGUGCUGAGGGCGUGAUGAGGACCAUGACCACUGAGAAGCUGUUGAAAGGCAUGCCUGUUCUUCAGACUGAGAUUGACACACUCAUGGAGUUUGAUAUUCAUCCCAAGGAGCUGAACAAUGGGAUCAUCAAUGCUGCAUUUUUGCUUCUCUUCAAGGACCUGGUCAAACUGUUUGCUUCCUACAAUGAUGGCAUCAUCAACCUAUUAGAGAAAUACUUCAAAAUGAAGAAGAACGAAUGUAAGGAGGCCUUGGAGAUCUAUAAGAGGUUCCUGACCAGGGUGACGAAGAUUGGGGAAUUCAUGAAGCUGGCCGAGACAGUUGGAGUCGACAAAAAUGACAUUCCUGACAUUAACUACGCUCCCAGCAGUAUCCUGGAGUCUCUGGAAACACACAUGAAUGGUCUGGAGGACGUAAAGAGUGGAAAGAAGGGGUCUCCAACCAAGGGAUCGCCGACAAACAACGUGUCUCCAACAUCGACUCCAUCCAAAUCUUUAAACGCUGUUCCCACACUGCAGCCUCCACCCGGGGAGAGCGCUGGUGCCGCUGCUUCAGCCGCUCCCGAACCAGUGGAAGAUUCCUUGCUGGACCUGGAUCCUCUGUCCUCCUCAGGUCCCUCUGGACCAUCAGCUGCCCCUACAUCUUGGGGAGAUCUUCUUGGAUCAGAAAUGGGGGAUUCCUUGCUAUCUGAACCCACCCUCACAGCAGAGCCCACCCCCUCCUCUGCAGCAGCAACGCCCACCCCUGCAGCAGCAGAACCCGGAGUCUCUCUAGCUCCUCCCACUAGCACAGCAGCUGCCACCUCCUCUGGUGCCGCCAAUAUGGAUCUGUUGGGAGACGCCUUUUCCACACCUGCUCCUGCCACUGAGACCUCUGCAGCAGCAGCCGAAGGUGGGGCUGCAGCUACGUCUGCCCCAGCCAGCAACGCCGGAGCUGAGUCCACAGGAGGAGACGCCUCAGCUGCUGCUGCUCCCGCUGCCCCCGGUGCUGAGCUCAUGUCAGUAUUUGACGGCCUAGGGGAUGUAAUGAAGCCCACUGUGACCCCUCAAGCAGGCGAUGUUGACACCUCUAUGGCUAACAUGGCGAGUAAUCUCUCAAUGGGAUCCGCAGCGGCCCCUCAGGUAGCUCCCCCCAGUUGGGGUGCUCCCAUGACUAUACCCAUGGGUGUCCCUACUUUUAUGGGGACUCACCCCUGCUACAGCAUGUCCGGAGCACCGGGUGGCGGAGCUCCCAUGAUGCCCAUGGCGAGGCCAAGUUUCCCAGCCACCGGAGCGACACCCGGAGCACCGAUGUCUCCUGGAGCAGGCCAGAGCCCCAGAAAGCCUCCACCUCCGAGGAACGCUCUGGAUGACCUCAAUAUUAAAGACUUCAUGUAGACGGACUGACCCGAAACCCCCCAAGGUUUAUUGUAUCUGGAGCUCCGUGGAUGUGGUCGUCUGCACUUCCCCACUGCCUCCCCCUCCAUCACGCCCCGGCCCCUUCAGCCAACCAGCCAUCACAUCAAGAACCUUUGCCCACUGAACUCCCACCAGCCGCGACGCCCCCUGAAAAAAAACAAAAACCCUCCCCUCCUUAUCUAAUGUUGUAGCACAACUGUGAAUGUGAACCCUAGAUACAGAAAUCAAAAUUCAGUUUAUGUGUGUGUGGGUGUGCGUGUUAUUCAGUGUUAACCUUUACCUAAUAUACCACUGGAAAAAAACGAACAAAAAAACUAAUAGAUGUGUAUUUAGAUUUUUUCCGGAUAUCUGCAUAUCAGCUGACUUGGAAUGGUGGAUAUAUGUUGGUUUCUUUGCGCAUCUCCCAGAAGAGGACUGUGUUGUUAAAUGUGGACUGUGUUCAGUGUGUGUAACUUCACUGGCCAACCCCCCCCCCCCACCACUCCUUAACCCAUGUCAUCCAAACUAAUACUGAGCUAUGUUGAUGUCAUUGAAGACUUGGUUGUUCCUGCUCGGCCAUCCAUCCUCCCACCUGUUAUUAAUCCAAAAUGUACCUGGACACAACUUGCAAUCUAAUUCCGGACUUCUCGUUGAACACAUCUGGUUUCGUUUUGACUUUAUCGUUUUGUAGGGAUCGCACGAACACGCAAAGGUUUGUCAAAUGUGUUCAAAUCGACAUGUUUUAAAUGAUAGAUUAUACAUAUUUUCUUUAUUUUGAGAAGAUACAAAAGCGUAUCAUAUAUUUUUAGUUAUGUCAAAUUAUAUGUUUGAGAAAAAAAGGCAAGUAAACUCAAUAAACCUUCCCUCCUUCUUUGUACAUAUCUCUAAAUCUGUAGUCAGAGUCAGUAUUGAAUGGAAACUUUGAGUGUUUACUGUUCCGCCCUCUGCUGGUGUGGAGUGAUUUUGCAUUGUAGCGUGCAGCACUGGUCAAUCUGGGAUGCAUCCUGCAAAGUGCUCUCUAAGAGCUAAUUUCCUCUUCCCAGUCUCCUUAUGAAACGAUGAACAAGAGACAAGGAAGCAUCUGAUUGGAACGUGGCCUCAGUCCUCCGCGGUGCAUCUGUUCAUACAAUGUCACUGGAAGUCUUGGGUACUCAAGUAUACGCUGGCUGUUCUGUGUGUUGUUUCUUUCCAAAAGUGACUGUAUCUUAAUCCAUUGUGGCAUUAACGACGUGUUGAAAGAAAAAUAAAGAUGAAUAUGACACAUGAAAUCAAAAAGAAAGUGGGUAAAUAAUGUUUGAGGAGUAUUCAUAUGAAGGCUGUGAUGUUUUUUUUGUGUUUUUUUUUAAAGUUUUAUUUUAUUUUGGAUUAUUAUGGAUGGUAUCGCCCUCUCUCCCUCCCUCGCCCCCACCUGCAUGUGAGUCCAAAUGAGAUGCAAUAAAAGAGAAAUACACUGAUCCAAACCAUC